AGCCAGGGACGGCCGAACAACAACGACAGGUUUUUUUCCUCUUUCCACCAUCUUGGGGCCUGUGGAGGUCUGCGGGGAACAGGAUGUCUAAAAGGCAAAUAUGUCUGGAAGGCUGUGGUCCAAGGUCAUUUUUGCUGGCUGUAAGAGAGGUCUCCAGAACCAAAGAGAGCACACAGGUCUUCUUAAAAUUGAAGGUGUUUAUGCCCGAGAUGAAACUGAAUUUUAUUUGGGCAAGAGAUGUGCUUAUGUAUACAAAGCAAAGAACAACACAGUGACUCCUGGCAGCAAACCAAACAAAACCAGAGUAAUCUGGGGAAAGAUAACUCAAGCCCAUGGAAACAGUGGCAUGGUUCAUGCCAAAUUCCGAAGCAACCUUCCUGCUAAGGCCAUUGGACACAGAAUCUGUAUGAUGCUGUACCCCUCAAGGAUUUAAAGUGAUGGAAAGUAAAUAAAAGUGGAUUUGUGCUGUUGUAUUUAAAAAAAAAAAAUAGCUGGGGGUUUGUGGCAGGCGGCAGGAGAAUCACUUGAGCCCAGGAGUUGGAGGUUGCUGUGAGCUGUGAUGCCAUAGCACUUCUACCCAGGGUGACAGCUU